AUGAAGCAAUUUAUUAAAAAUCUUCAUAAUAUGAAUCCUUUUAUUUCAUCUAGGGAAAUAAUUGAAAAAUUGAAUAAGAAAUUUAAUUUAAAGGUUUCAAGACCAACAAUAUCAAGAUUUUUAAGUAGUUUAGAACUUUUAACUAACUUGGCAUUGAAAAAGCCUUUAUUAAGACCUGUCAAUAUUAAACAAAGAUUUGAAAUAUGUAAAAAUUUUUUAGGAAUGAAGAACGAAACCCUUAAAAGGAUAAUUUUUUUAGAUGAAGUAAAAAUUAACCUAUUUACUAGUGAUGGGGCAAGAUAUGUUAGACAUUACCCAGGAGAAAGACAUAACAGUAAAAAAAUUGUACCCACAGUAAAACAUGGAGGAGGAUGUGUUAUGGUCUGGGGCUGUAUAUCAUAUCAAAGUGUUGGUAGACUAGUAUUUAUCGAAAAUAUUAUGACAGGGGCUGCAUAUAAACAAAUUUUAGCAAAAAAUUUAAGAUAG